CCAUGCGAGGCCUCACCGUCGACUCACUCAACCCAUCAAUUCUCAAAGUCCAGUACGCCGUGCGGGGCGAGCUUGCCAUCAAGGCGGAGGAGUACCGCGAGCAGCUCAAGCAGCCGGAUCAUGGCCUACCAUUCGACAAGAUCAUCUCGUCGAACAUUGGGAACCCACAGCAGAAGGGGCUCGACCAGCCUCCGAUUACAUUCAAUCGCCAGGUUGCAGCGCUGAUGGAAUGGCCUGCGUUGGCCGAGUUAACCAACGGCGUCUUCCCAAAAGAUGUUAUUGCUCGCGCUAAGGAGCUGCAUGCCGAGACUGGAUCAGUUGGCGCAUAUUCGCACAGUCAGGGCGUCCCAUUUAUCCGCAAGAACGUAGCAAAAUUCAUUGAAGAGCGCGACGGCUACCCGUCUGAACCCAACCAUAUCUUCCUUACUGGAGGCGCCUCCGCAGGUGUCUCCCUCCUCAUCUCUAUGCUCAUCAACUCUCCAAAAGCCGGCAUCCUCAUCCCUAUUCCCCAGUACCCACUCUACACCGCAACCCUCGCUUCCUAUUCCGGCGUUCCUAUCCCUUACCACCUCGAUGAGUCCUCUGACUGGGCAACCGCUCCACCAGAUAUUGACUUGGCCCUGCAACGUGCCGUCGCCGAAGGGACCGUUCCCAAAGCGCUCGUGGUCAUCAACCCUGGCAAUCCCACUGGAGCGUUGCUGGAUGACAAAACGAUGGAGCACAUCGUCCGCCUGUGCGAGCAGUACAACCUCGUACUGCUCGCCGACGAGGUCUACCAGACGAACCUGCACCGGCCGUCGACACACCCAUUCACGUCGUUCAAAAAGGUCGUGCGCCAGCUUGACUCCCCCGUCCCCCUCGUCUCGUUCCACUCGAUCUCCAAGGGCGUAACCGGCGAGUGCGGGCGGCGCGGCGGCUACUUCGAGUGCGCGAACAUCGGCGACGACGUGCUCGCGCUGAUCUACAAGAUGGUCAGCGUCGGCUUGUGCCCUCCGCUGAGCGGCCAGAUCGGCGUCGACUGCAUGGUGCGGCCCCCGAAGGCCGGAGAGGAGAGCUACGCGCUGUGGAAGAAGGAGACGGACGGGACGCACGAGGCGCUCCGCGCGCGCACAAAGCUCAUGGCGGAGCGCCUGAACAAGCUCCCCGGCGCGUCGUGCGUAGACUCGCCCGGCGCGCUGUACUUGUACCCGCGGCUGCACCUCCCUGAUCAGGCGGUCGAGGCUGCGCGCGCGGCGGGCAAGGAGGCGGAUGCGUUCUACGCGUUGCAGCUGCUGGACGAAACCGGCAUCUGCGUCGUGCCCGGGAGCGGGUUUGGCCAGAAAGAGGGUGAAAGUCAUUACAGACUGACCUGUCUCUGUCCAGGGGUAGAGGAGUAUGUCGGAGCGCUGGAGAAAUUCCACAUGGGGUUCAUGAAGCGCUACGGAGGCUUAUAGCUUCAAAGUUCACUCAUAUCUACUUCUUCUUGAAUCUGUAAACUACAUUUAAUGGGUCAUAGGACAUACCAUUCUGACGCUGUAUCUCGGUAAGAUCCCCAUGGUAGAUCUAACAGUCGUCGUCGAUUGGCUGAAUUCAUCGCACGGUUCUCUGGGAAGAAGCUCUAAGGAUCUAAACGCUUUGUUAUUUCUGGGAACGACCUGGCCGGCACUUCGGCACUUACCGAUGUCGUGCCGCCGAAGGCGUUGCAUUUCGAUGUUGAAUCCGAACCAUGACUUCCAUGUC